AUGGAUCUUGGAGAGAUCGUUGUGGCUGAACAUCCUGGUGAGAGGGAGUUGUACACAGACCAGACAUCAAGAGCCCGGGACCUGCCGUGGAAAAGUGGACGUCGGAUCCACCACUUUUUUGGAUAUCUCACAGGGGAAAUGAAAGAAUAUGGAGAGUGGAUGAAAAAUAAGCCCUUAGUGGUUCAACUAGUGGACUGGAUCUUGAGAGGGACCUCACAGGUGAUGUUUGUCAACAACCCCCUCAGUGGACUGAUCAUUUUAGUGGGGAUCUUCAUCCAGAGCCCAUGGUGGAUGUUAACAGGUUGUACUGGAACGACUGUGUCAACAUUAACUGCCCUGGCUCUCAGUCAGGACAGAUCAGUCAUUGAAGCUGGACUGCAUGGCUACAAUGGGAUCUUGGUAGGACUUCUCAUGGCUGUCUUCUCUGACAAAGGGGAUUACUACUGGUGGCUUCUUCUUCCUGUGGCAGUUAUAUCAAUGGCCUGUCCAAUCCUCUCCAGUGCUUUGGGAUCUAUCUUCAGAAAAUGGGACCUUCCUGUUUUGACUCUGCCCUUCAAUAUUGCAGUGACUUUGUACUUGGCAGCCACAGGACAUUACAACCCCUUCUUCCCUACAACCCUCAUUAAGCCUGUGGCAUCAGUGCCCAAUAUCACCUGGUCUGCAAUCAAUGUGCCACUGCUCUUGCAAUCCAUCCCAGUUGGCGUGGGUCAAGUGUUUGGUUGUGAAAACCCUUGGACUGGAGGCAUCUUCCUUGUUGCUUUACUUAUCUCCUCCCCACUUAUUUGUUUACAUGCUGCAAUUGGAUCAACAGUGGGAAUGUUUGCAGCACUGAGCAUUGCAUCACCAUUUGACAGCAUCUACCUUGGCUUACACAAUUACAACUGUGCGCUCGCCUGCAUUGCCACCGGGGGCAUGUUCUAUGCCCUGACCUGGCAGACUCAUUUGCUGGCACUUGCCUGUGCAUUAUUUUGUGCCUACUCCGGAGCAGCUCUUGCCAAUUCCCUGUCUGUACUUGGGCUGCCACCCUGCACCUGGCCUUUUUGCUUGUCCACACUUCUCUUUCUGCUGAUAAGUUCAGAAAACUCAGCCAUCUACAGAAUCCCCCUCUGCAAAGUCACCUACCCAGAAGCCAACCGGAUUUUCUACCUCAGAAUGAAGAGAAGAGCAUCAGAGAGCAGGAGAGAAGAGCUGAAAAGAAAGGAGCAGAAGAUCUCCAUCGACUCAAAAAUAAGCACAGGAGGCACCCCCCUGUGCACCCCCAAAAUCCGCCACGAUGAUGACAGAUUUGAGAUUCCAGCUGGCAGGACAGCCUCAUACAUGCUGAACAUCAAGAUGGAAAACAUUGCUGAUGCCAGGAUAGAAAACAAGGGGGAAAGGAAGCCAAUAAAGCAGAAUGCACUUACCAAAGCUGGGAAGAGAGUCUGCAGAGCUGUUGGGUACAUCAGUGGAGAUAUGAAGGAAUUUGGAACCUGGCUAAAAGAUAAACCUCUCAUGAUCCAGUUUAUUGACUGGGUGCUGCGUGGGAUAUCCCAGGUGAUGUUUGUCAACAAUCCCCUCAGUGGGCUUAUAGUAGUUGCUGGUUUCCUGGUGCAGAACCCAUGGUGGACACUCACAGGCUGUUUAGGAACAGUUGUCUCAACUUUAACAGCACUUAUCCUGGGUCAGGACAAAUCAGCCAUAGCAGCAGGCCUGCAUGGCUACAACGGGGUCUUGGUGGGAAUGCUCAUGGCCAUCUUCUCUGCUAAGGGAGACUACCACUGGUGGCUGCUACUGCCAGUAGCACUGGUGUCCAUGGUGUGCCCUCUUCUCACCAGCACUGUAGGCUCAGUUUUCUGUAAGUGGGAUCUGCCUGUUUUGACCUUGCCUUUCAACUUGGCCUUGACCCUCUAUCUGGCUGCAUCAGGACCACAUAACCUCUUCUUCCCUACAACUGCCAUUCAGCCAGAAACAGCAACACCAAACAUCACCUGGGCGGAUGCUGAAAUUCCAAUGCUCCUGCAAUCCAUUCCAGUUGGAGUGGGUCAAAUUUAUGGAUGUGACAACCCCUGCACUGGGGGAAUCUUCCUGAUUGCUUUAUUUAUCUCUUCUCCACUCAUUUGUCUGCAUGCAGCACUUGGAUCAGCAGUGGGAAUGCUGGCAGCGCUGAGCUUAGCAACACCUUUCAGCACGAUCUACUCUGGCUUGUGGGGCUACAACAGCUCCCUGUCGUGCGCGGCCAUCGGGGGCAUGUUCUACGCCUUCACCUGGCAGACACAUUUGCUGGCCAUCGCCUGUGCACUCUUCAGUGCCUACCUGGGAGCAGCACUGACUAACAUGUUGUCUGUGUUUGGGGUGCCAUCAGGAACAUGGUCUUUCUGUUUGUCUGCGUUGACUUUCCUGUUAAUAACCACUAACAACGCCGCCAUCUACAAGCUGCCUCUCUCCAAAGUCACCUAUCCAGAAGCCAACCGAGCUUACUACCUGAGGAUAAAGAAAAAUCAGAGGUCUUGUUGUGAGGUAUAA